AGAGUCUGGCCGGCCCUUCGUGAUGGCACAGCAGCUCCGGGAUUCCUGCCGCAAGUGGUUGAUGGCCGACAGUAGCGACGUCGAGGACGUGAUCGAUCGUGUGGUACUGGAGCAGUUCGUGGCCAAGCUGCCAAGGAAGACAGCGCAGUGGGUCCAGUGCCACCGCCCGACGUCGCUGAACCAGGCCAUCCAGCUGGCGGAAGACCAAAUGGUGGCGUGUCCAGGGGUCGGCGACCCCUUACCAUCUGCUUCUCUCUCUUCUUCUCUCUCCUCCCCUCCCCUCUCUCUCCCUAAAUCUGUCCCUCUCCCCAGGUCCCGUGGGGGGCUUCCGUCGAAGCUAGCCCCGAGGUGGAGGACGAAUUACGGGGCUGAGUCACCAGCAGGUCCCAGGGCUCCUCCCAGGGGUGGGACCUCGCCCAUGGGAUCCGUUCCCCAGGCCCCGGCCUCUCCGCUCUCUCCUCGCCAAUCGCUUGACCUACUUCCUGCCGCCAGGGUGGCGGUAAAGUCUGGGCCGGCCUGUUGGCGUUGCGGGGACCCAGGGCAUUUUAUCGAUAGGUGUCCGGUGAUGGAAGUGGGGACGUUGAUCCGGGUCCCCGACGCGCCAAAGGCUGCCCUCGAUCAGGCUGGCUUAUACCAAAUACCAUAAUUGGCGUGGAGAGACCGGAUAUAAGCCGAGUCACCGCAGAGAGAAGGAGAGAGAGACACGCUGGGACCUCGUUCUGCACUAGGGAAGCUACAACAGUGCUUUAAAGUUAUUGAAGUUAUUGACCGUGUUUAAGCAAUCGUUUGCUGUCUACGCCCAGAGGGCAUCGUGUUUUUCUUAUUUUGUAUUACUGAAUAAACGAGUGUCCCAGCAACAA